CUAUUUCUUUUGUCUCUAUUGUGUUCUUCAACAUUUGCUAAUUUGCAUAACAAAAGAGUAGAAGCCUUAUAUAUCCCGUAAUAUAUUUCGAAACAAAUUAAAUCUGUAAUACCCAGGGGUUGGUACACGAACGAACAUCAAAAAUAAAAAGAGUUGUAUCGGAACGUGCUUGUACUGUCAUAAAAACUUACAAAAUAUUGUCAUAACCAAAGAAAUUUUUGUGGAACUACAGAAUUAUGUCUCCAAUGGAAAUUAGCGGUGAAAAUUUGUUGACGUUCAUGAACAAUGCGUCUUCGAGUGUAAAGACAGUUCUUUCAAAACCAGGUUGCUUUAAACGCAACACGAACCACAGACGGUUUCUUCAGAAACAAUUAAAACAAUCUGCACAACAUAAAACAGAACCUGUCGACACUGAUACACUUGAAAAGGUAACCUCGCCCACUUUAGUUAAAAGUAAAAGAAUAAAUAUAACAAAAUCAAAAAUAAAGUCUUUGCGGAAGAGAAGAAUGCGGCUGCAAAAGGUACCCUGCUUAUCGAAUACACCUUCGCCUACGAUGGAAUACAAUCGAAUCAUUGAUUUCGAAGAAAGAACAUUUUAUCCAGAAACCACCGUGCUUAAUAUGAGUUCCAAACAAAAUGUGUAUGAACAAUUUUUUAUUGACAGUGAUGACUUGACUCCGACUUUUUCACCUAAUUAUCAAAGGAGCUUUUCUACUUCCUCGUAUGGAUCUGACGACGUCACGAACGAUUUCAUGUCAGGCGAAGACUUAGUUAGAUCAUUGGACAUAACAGAUCUGUUUGAUCCUGAAAGUAGUAACUUUGAUGAUUCUUUUACAGAAUGGAUUCCAAUGCAUGAUAAUUUACAGAACCAACCGAUGUUUGAUACUUCAUAUGUAACAGACUUAAAUUUCUUAUUUGUUUGAAAAGUUUUAAGACUGUUACGCUUAGUUUUGUUACAAUAAAUCCUGUAUAUUGUAAAUAGUAUAUAUUUAUUAUUUGUUAAUAUUGUUUUAGAAAUAACUUAAGAAAUAUAUGCUUUGAAAAAUCGACUUCUUAGUUAAUUUCAUGGAAAUCUCAGUUGCAAGGCCUUUUUGAUACUUGAUACUGCAAUGUAUAAAUAAAACACUAACUAGAUAAAAAAAUUGAUAAGUGACAAUAUCGUAGUCUGAUUCAUUUCCCCCUUCAUUGAAAUAUACUGCUUCAUUAACAAAGGCACAAUUUUUACAACGGCUCAUAGAAAUGCGACGGUAUAAUGAUUUAAUUAUAAUUAGAUUAUAAAUCAAAAACAACAGAUUAAACAAACUCUUCAUUAUGAUUCAUCGACAUUCUUACUUUUUCGGUAAAAAGUAUUGUAUUAAAUAUUUUUUCACAUAGAUGCGGCUUAAUUUGUACGAUUGUUUAACAAUUUAAAAUCAUUCAGUGUUAGUUGAUGUGCGGCUUCGGUGUUAUUAAUUGCGCACGCGUUUUUAUGUAAGAAUAAAGUAUACAUUAUUCCAAACGGUUAAACGAAGUCAAAUAGGAUACAGCUCCAUAUUUCUGUAGCUUGAAAAAAUGGCACAUUCAGAGCAAGGCUGUUUAGCAGUAGUAGGACAUGGUAAAGAAUUUUAUUUAUAUGAAGAACGUAAUGCUUCGGCGAAUAAUAUUUUUUCGUGGCAAUUUUCAAAAGAAAACUGAACGUAAUAAUAAUGUUGAAAUAUUUUUAAUUUUCCAUCAAUUUUUUAUAUACUCAUGAGAAAGUAAUCCCCGAACUUGCAAUAAUAGUUGAGGUAGCAAUUAUAUCUAUACAAAGCUUAUCACGUAUUUUCUUGACUUAAUCUUCAGAGAAUAUGAUCGGCAGCUUUCAAAUACUAAAUAUGCGCCAUGUUAAAGGGGCUACGAAACGGUUCAAGCAAGAUUUCCGACAUGGACGGUACUCCCUAUCCUUGCGCAUGCUGAAUGACUGUAUAAAAAACUGUUUAUGUAAAAUUACUUUUGUUAUGAAGAAUUUGCCACUUCUUUAUUUUUAAAAUAUUUUUUGGCGCCAAAAUGAAAUACGGUCUGUAAAAUAUAUUAAAUAUCAAUAAAUCGAAAGUUUGUUUUGAUAAGGAAUCAAGACAACACGAGGAGCUAAUUUGGUAAGAAAUGCUAUGCUGCUAGCUUAAAGAUGGUAAUUAAUCUAUAUUAAAAUGCCCGUAUACAUCUGUCUGUUCGUCUGUCACGCAAAAUGGAAGCUUAGCUGCGACGGGCGAACCCGUGGAUUUUUCCACGGGCCAACGACUAGUACCUCUAAAAUGAUUUUAAAGUCACUGUUGUUACUUAGACUGGCUUUAUGUGCAAUAAUCUUGUAUAUUUAUUUCACAGAAGACAUAAUUUAAUAGUAUGGUAAAUGCUUAUAUCUAAU